CAUGGAAUGCGCUGCUUGCGUUGUUGCUCGGUGGAGUUCGUAGCGCAUGGAUCUGUGUCUCAUAACGUAUAUGUCGCCAACGUGCAGUUGAUUAUUUUGUGGUUUGUUAAGUGAACGAUAAACAAAAACCGACACACGUCCGUGGCACCUAGUGCAAUACGAUUCGUGUAAUUAAAAAUAAGUAUAAAAUAAUUUUAUUAUAACUUAAACCCAAUAAAUGAAUUCAUCAUUUCAAUCAUGGACUUGGCAAAAGAUCCAUCUAUCACAUCAAGCCGUGAAGAAAUCACAGCAGAAUCGGUACAUAUAGAAGAUGCUAUCAAAGCUGACGACGCUAAGAACGUGAUGAUUUCCAAUAUCAAAAAGGAACAUAAACAGACUAAGAUGAGCAGGAGACGCAAAUCCAUCAAAAAUGAAUGUGUCGUACUCGACGGGCCUCCGAAUCAAAUGAAUACAAGAUCGUCCAAAAGUUGGGAUGAUCUCGAAACAGAAGCGUCACCUAAAAAAGAGUUGACAGGAAAAUCGAGUGAUUCAGAGUCGGCACUUGAAAAUAAGAAUAUCUCUGAAAAUGAUAGUGCGAUAACAAAACUACGACAGAAUGAGAGCAUCAAAGAGAAAAAAGCGUGCCUGCCUGCAAAUUCGUUCGAAGGGAAGCAAGCUGGGUCUGCCGAGUCAUCUGUUUCUACGUUGCAGCCUCCCAUAUUGCAAGCUCUAGGGUUAACCCGUGGCCUUGGAAUCGGCGUUGGUCUUGCCAACACCAUUAGCUUAGGCAAAAGUCAGAUCCUGAGCACAGAGCAACAGAACCGGACGGCUCAGACGACCGCCGUCACUGCAACGACAGGCACCUUACCCAAAACCGUGCCUCUUCUGCUGAACAUGCCUACGAGUGUAGGAGCUGGUGCAGGCAGCGUUUCUUCUCUCCUUCCCGCGAACCUUCCUCCGGGUCGAUACGUUAUCAUUUCAAGCACUUCAGCCUCAUCUAGCUCACCUUUGGCCACCAUCACCACCACGACGAGUAGCAGCAGUCCGAAUAAGGCUGCACCAGCUCCGCUUGCAGUUGCGUCGCUCCAAGCCAUAUCAACUGCAGUAUCCUCUUCAUUGGCAUCGAGCCCUGUGACCGCAGCCAUGCCUGUGACUAUGACCAAGCGUUCGGUGACACGACUGACGCCAAACGGAAGCGUCUUGAAGACAAGCGUUCGCGGAACUGCUGGAAAAACGCGUGGAAUGAGGAAAUCAUACACGAAUUCGGAAAAGUUGGCUAUGAUUGAGGCUGUUGAGAGUGGACUCAGAAAAAGCGUUGUUGCUGACAAGUUCGGUGUGGCCCCAUCAACACUUGCCUGCAUUAUUCUGCAGAAAGAAAAAAUUCGACGUGACCAGACCAAAUCAAGCUUGAGCCGUCGCCGGAUCCGGCCCUGCAACGACUCCUCCAUCACAGGGCUUUCCCCGUCCCACUAUCACUCCAGCGCGGCGUCUCAGUCGUUCCACAACGAAACUGCGGAUGGCGGCAACCGCGAAGAUGGCUAUUCGAAAACGGAAGAUGGAGGAGGCAGGGAGACAGGACACAGCGGACAGGGCUCUGGUAGGGGAAGAAGUCCUCUACCCUUCACCCAUUUCCUCGCCAAUUUCGACCAGUCAAUGAAUUUUGAUGUUUCUCAAGCGGAAGAAAUUGUUUCCGUGCCGGACUUGUCUCAAUCUCUGACCUACACGAGCGAAGGCGCGACUUCCUCACCAGCGUCGUUCUGCGUAUCUGACCUAAGCCAUCACACGCUGCCGAGCGCGGCGUCCACUCCUCAGUGCUUGGGAACGCGAGUUCAGCCUGAGACGGCAGAACUGCUUGGCAAAGAACCAGAAGAUGACUUCGUCGACCACAUUCAGAGCUCUCAAAAUUCUGCCGUUGCGGCUUCCGAAGCGCCAUCCAUUGGCUCACCGAAAACACGCAACCCUUCCCAUGCUGCCAAGAAUGUUUCUGUGAGGGACCGUGUCAAAGAGUUCGGCGACAUCCUAAUGACGGAUCCCAGCGGAGAAACUCUCCUUUGUUGGGCAUGUGGCUUCAGACUUGAUCAUACCAGGCGAUCUACUAUCGUCGAACACCUCAGGUCUAGGAAACAUGGAAGGUGUUAUCUCGUUGCUCAAGCCCUCAAGACCUAUGCCUUGUCGUCUCUUGGGUCAUCAUCCUUUCCCUUGGAACUUGUCAAACAAGAACCUGACUCUUCAUCUUCCAAGAACCUUGACUCAUACUGCAACGAAGGAGGCCUCUUGAACUGCGUCUCUGAUCAUGAAGAUACGGGAGUUGAGACGUCGGAUGCGUGUCGAGAUGAUUCAGUGGGCGGGCGACGUACGUCUGGCACGCCACGUCCCUCUCAGUCUGAGCCUUCAGCGACGCGUUCCUCGAGCGCGGACCGAGCGCAAGACGGCCAGCUUUCCGGCUUGUGUCUCGUCAAGAGAGAAGUGCAUUGCUACUCUGUGCUGGAUCAGCUCAUGAAAGACCAGGCUUACACUGACGUUACUAUCACUGCAGAUGGACACAACUUCUACGCACAUAAGGUGGUUCUGUGCGUGGCCAGCGGCUACUUCAGGCGCGUCCUGGCUGACCAAAGUCCGGGCGUUCGCAGCGUGGUGGUCUUCAGAGACGUGCAGGCCGAUGAGAUGAAGAACAUCUUGCAAUUUCUGUACACAGGUGAAGCGACUGUAGAUGCGACCGAUCUGUCGUCUUUCAUGCGCACCGCACAGAUGCUGGAGAUCACGUCUCUGUGUGAUGAGAAGCUCAGGCUUCCAACUCCCACUGCGCUGUCCUCUCCUCAAAUCAACGACCCUCUACACAACCUGAACAUUUUCUCUGCCAACGCCCUACCCAUCGUGACCAAUGCAUUAAGACAACAAGGACUUCUAUCCCAUCAAACUCUGUCGCAAUUCCAGCAACUGCACUCGCAAAAGCAGCUGCAAGUUGUUGCCCAACAGUUGCAGCACCUAAGAGAGCAGUUACAAACCUCCUGCUCCCAGAUGUUUAUGCAAGCUAAUGAUGAGGUCGUUAAAGCUCCUACCGAUAGUAAUGGCUCGAAGAAACACAACUAUUGUUCUGAGGUACAGGAUUUGACUUUUUCCAAAAGAUCUGAAUCUUGUAUUACUCCACCAUGUGAUACUCCUAUUGAGACAUCACCUAUCUCAUAUGGUGAAAUUCAGAGUGUUGUAUCGGGAGCUGAGCCUAGCUUGGAUGUAAGAUCGGCUGUUUUUCCAUCAUUGGACGAUCCUCCCGACCCGGUUAGGAAUGUAACUUUGGAUCUUCCUCAACGUCCUUUGAAUCUGACUUCGCCCGGUGUUGAUCAAAUUGAAAAAUCGCCUUCCAAGUGCAAUGCAAAUUUCGACCAUAACCCCGAGGAAAUGAAUGCAUUAAUUACUUCUAAUGAGGGUCCAGUUGAAUCUCGUCCCGGAUUUUGUCAAACAACCUCGAACCCCCGGAAGAGGGCCCGACCUUCCAUUGAAUAUUCACCUGCGAGUUCAGAAGAUUGCGGUAACAUUGACCAGGUCUCAACUGCAAGGGUACAGCCUGUUAAUUUGGUUAUGGACUGGAAAUCUCGCAACGCUGUGGAAGAAACACAAGUUCACAACGGAACCCCCGCACCUGAUUUGAUAGACGGUAAUUCUUUUAGCGCUCCUAUAGACAUGACGGCUAUGAACCACACCUUCGAUGGAGGCUCGAAGAAAAAUUUUACCACUGUUGGUCUUACGGAAAGCACAGUAAUUUCUUCAAAUGAUAACGAAGAAAAUUUUUGCUCGAAUAACGAAAAUGACACACCGAGUAAAAAACUAAAAUCAUUUUGCGCGAGUGAAUAAUCGUUCAAUACAGAUUAUGUUGGAUUUUAAGUUAUCUUGUUACUUUCACAAUCAUUAUUAGUAUAUACAUUUUUAGCAUAGAAGUUGCUGCCAUGUAUAAUUGCGUGCCAUGCCGACUUGAUUAAGUUCGACCUGGUGCUUCAGUUUUAUUUCAAUUAAGUUUGUUAGAUACUCUAGCUAAAAUCCUGAAUCAUUCCUCAAAGUACAAUCAUUAUACAGGAAAUUUCAUGCACACGAUUGGUUCAAUGCCAUACAAUCAGAGAUUCGUGUGAUCAUCGUCACUAAUUCGUAUGAGUUCUUACAUUUUAUUUAUCUUGCAUUUUCGUCUUGAAGUGGCCGAGCCUGUCGUUAACCUUAGAACGUCCAUAUUUUAGUGUCUGGCUUAGCUUGUACAACUAAAAGCUGCUUUGAACUCGAUGGCCUUUCGCAACUUGUAUUUAAUGUUACUUUUAAACGUAUUACAUUUACUGUAUAAAUGAAAUCUGGCUAUGCUGUCGUUACAAUUGGAAGCCAAAAUUAAUUGACCUAAUGAUAAAUUUAAUUGGAUUUCUCACUUUUUACUAUUAUCAUCAAUCGAUUCAUCAUAAUGGCAGUAAUAGCGACAGCUCAAAUGAACUAUUCUAAUUUCGAAAUUUCAAUAGAAACUGUCAGCAUGUUCUUUGCUAAGUAAGUAAUUACAAAAAAAUGCAGAGAAAAUAAGAUAUUGAGCUGUACGUUUUUGGUUCAUUCCUCAUGUCUGAUGCCAGUCCAUUGACAAAACAGCAAAUAUGAACUAAUUGUUCGUCUGCGAGAGGGAGAAGAAACAUAGUAUUGACUUCGUCAAAGAACCCAAUCCGUUCCUUGAAAAUUAAGUUAUUAUUUUAUUCUAAUAGAUCUGCUGAACAUACUGUAAUACUAUAGCUCUUGAUAUAAUCACUCGCUCAGGAAGAUGUUCGCUCUAAGAAUGCUUUUUACUGUAAGGUUAGAAAGCUGCUGGAAAUUACGUGUUACGCUUAGAUCUUGAAGUCAACGAGUAUAUCGUAUGCAUGAAUUUCUGAUGAUGCCCAGGUUGCUUACAUAUUAAUUUUACCUGAUGCCAACUGGUUUUUAGUAAUCAAAGUUUUCUGAUUUACUUGGAAAUUAAUUCUUAAUUCCGAGUCAAAAAAUUGAUUACAACAAAUAAAAAUUUGAGAUGGGCAAAACUCACGAUUUUUUCUCGGAUACCAGCAUGCCAUUUGAAAUAUACAUAUGUACCAAUUAAAACUUUUCAGGUUUCAAUUGAUAAGUAAAUUAAUAAAAAAAUAUGUCGUUAGAAGGGCUACGAUAGAG